AUUCAUUUCAACUUGUUGUAAAAACAAAACUUUUUCUUUCGAAUUUCUCUUCUUUUUUUCUGGCUUACUGAAAACACACUGUUGAGAAAAUGUAGGGAGUAUCUUAAAAGUUAAUAGCUAGUCAAGCAAUCUUGUUUUGAAUGCUAACUACAUACUGAAAUGAAAUGUAGAUUUUCAUCACCAGAAACAUUUUUAGUGUGCAAAUUAGGUUUUAUCAUCUGAUCAGUAAAAAAAGGGGAAAAAGGGAACAGGAACCAUGGAUUUUCAAAGGUGUGAAGCAUGAAUGCGAGACUGAAAAAGUGCCUGAAGCUGAAGAGAAUUUCAGUCUCCAGCUCAUGCCUCUACUCUCUCUGGAGUCUACGGCUGUGGCACAUCCUGGGGCACUGACACGGCGAACGAAGCACCUCCUCUCACCAUCUGCACUCUGCUCCUCAAACAGCAGCAGACCACAGCACAAACCAAGGAGAAAAGAAGGAGAGAGUGGAAGCAAAGGAUGGAAGAGAAGAAGAGAGAGAUGGGAAUCUGAAGGAAAAGUGCAGAGGUAGGAGAGACUGAUGGACAGAGUAGAAAAAGUAAGUGAAGAAAUAGUAUUGGAAGAAUGAAACAGAGAUGAAGUGAGGAAUGCAGAGCUGAUAAAGGUGAAACUGAAAAGAGAAAUAUUUGUUAUAAAUAGGAACGUAGCUGGGUCCGGGAGAGAAAAACAACCUCAGAGAAAGAAGAUUUAGGAAAAAAAUGUUUAAACAGCCACAGUGUGGUUGAAUAUAGCUGGUGAAACGGAAAAGAGCAGAGGCUCAGGGAGAGAUCAGCAGGAGGGAUCAGAGUCAUUUGCAAAGGACAGCCCUGGCCAACCACAUGCCCAUCGAAUUUGUUUGUAAAAUCAAGUUUGCUGAGGGCGACGAAGCCAAGGGGGCCUCGACAGAAGGAGGCGGAACCGUUAUGCUAGAUGAAGGCCUUCGGCGGCAAAAAGGAGGCAUGGCUGACCUGGCGUCCUUUGCAAGCUCCUCUUCGCUACACGGUCUGGCUCGGGUGUUGGGGACCUCAGGGCGCUUGGGCUUCAGACAGACCCUCUGGGGAUUGGCACUGUUGUCCUCGCUCGGUCUCUUCCUGUACCAGGCGACCUGGAGCACGGCGACUUAUCUAGAGCGACCCCACCUCGCAGCUAUGAGGGAAGAAACCCGUCGUGAGCUCACCUUCCCGGCCAUCACGCUCUGCAACGUCAACCGAUUCCGCUUCUCAGCCCUCACCGACGCAGACAUCUACCACUUGGCUAACCUCACCGGCCUGCCGCCCAAAAGCCGUAAAGGACACCGGCCAAGUGAGCUCCAGUACCCACCCCCUAACAUGCUAGACAUUUUCCAGAGGACUGGCCACCAGCUGGAAGACAUGCUGAAGAGUUGCAACUUCAGCGGGCAGAACUGCUCGAGCGAAGACUUCAGCGUGGUGUAUACACGGUAUGGGAAAUGUUACACAUUUAAUGGAAACAAGACAUCACCCAAGCGGGUAAGGCAAGGCGGCACAGGAAAUGGACUGGAGCUGAUGCUGGAUAUUCAGCAGGAUGAGUAUCUGCCCAUCUGGAGAGAAACCAAUGAGACAACACUGGAGGCAGGUAUUCGGGUUCAGAUUCAUAGUCAGAACGAACCCCCGUACAUCCACCAGCUGGGCUUUGGGGUCUCUCCAGGAUUCCAGACAUUUGUUUCCUGUCAGGAACAGAGGCUAUCAUACUUGCCACAGCCGUGGGGAAACUGUCGGGCUUCAUCUGAGCCUGUGAUCCCAGGAUACGACACCUACAGCGUCAGCGCUUGCAGACUGCACUGUGAGAGCACACAGGUGCAGAGAGAGUGCAACUGCAGGAUGGUGCAUAUGCCAGGCAAUGCUGAUAUCUGCACACCCAGUAAAAUCAAGUGUGUUGACAAGGCUUUAGCUUUACUCCAGAAGAGCACAGGUGACUCAUGCCCCUGCGAGACACCCUGUAAUUUGACUCGGUAUGGAAAAGAGCUCUCUAUGGUUAAAAUCCCCAGCAGGGGCUCUGCUCGCUACCUUUCUCGCAAAUACCAGAAAUCGGAGGAAUAUAUCAGAGACAACUUUCUCAUCUUGGAUAUUUUCUUUGAGGCUCUUAACUAUGAGACAAUAGAACAGAAGAAAGCGUACGACAUCGCUGGUCUGUUAGGAGAUAUUGGUGGACAGAUGGGGCUCUUCAUUGGGGCCAGUAUUCUUACUAUACUGGAAAUACUUGACUAUAUCUAUGAGGUGGUCAAAUACAAAAUCAAGCAACUCCUGAAACCAAAAAAGAGUCAGAAACAACAGAACCAACGGAACUUGAUCCAAGAGCAGAUCCAGAGAACAAAGAACCUGCGAGAACAGAACCUGAAAGCUCAGCUGGCAGCCGGAACUAUAGCUACAGUCAGAUUUGAAGAAGUCAAAGUCAAGGCAGCUAAUGAAGUGGCUCAACCGCACAGUGCACAUCCAACUUCAAUAUUACCAAAUCAUCACAAUGCACAAGCAGUCGUACAGCAGGACUUUGCUUGUUAAGGGACGCCUCUUCUUUUCUGUAUUUAUUUUUCAUAU